CAGACCCGCCCGGCGCGGCCCCGGCACCAUGAGCAGCGCCGCGGAGCCGCCCAGCGCCAGGAAGCUCCUGAAGCCGCUCAUGGAGAAGCGUCGUCGCGACCGCAUGAACCGCAGCCUCGACCGGCUCCGGCUGCUGCUGCUCGCGGCCACUCGCGACGAGCGCCUUCGAAACCCCAAGGUGGAGAAGGCCGAGAUCCUCCAGAAAACGGUGCAGUUCCUGCGGGAUCAGCCCCUCUCAGAGCCCUCGGGGAUGGAGGAGCUGUUCCUGCGGCGCUACCGCAGUGGCUACCGGGAGUGCCUGGCCCGCGCCGCCCGCUUCCUGCAGGCCGUCCCAGCGACGCCCCCCUGUCCCGUCCCGGGCCCUGCGGCCGUCGGUCCCCCAACGCUCACCGCUGGCCCCGCUGACAGCGCCGGGCCCGCCGGCCGCCAUGGACUGCCUGCGCCGCGGGUGGGGCCUGGCUGCCCCGGUUACCACGGUUACGGGCCCGGUUACCACCGCUUCGGGCCCACUCCAGGGCCUAGUGUGGGGCCUACUCACAGGCCUGACUGUGGCCCCGGUUAUCGCCCCGGCGACGGCCCCGGUUGCCCCGGCGACGGUCCCGGUUGCCCCGGUGAUGGUCCCUGUUGCCCCGGCGACAGCCCCGGUUGCCCCGGUGAUGGUCCCUGUUGCCCCGGCGACAGGUCCGGGUGUCCCGGUUACCACGGUUACGGGCCUGGUCCGGGGCCUACUUUCGGGCCUACUUUCGGGCCUACUUUCGGGCCUAGUUGUGGUCCCAGCCUGGGGUCCCAGCAUGGCCCCGGCAGCAGCCCCGGCGGCCACGAGGACUCUCGGCAGCGCUGCCCCAAGGAGGAGGCGCCGGGGGAGGGCGAGGGGCGGCUGGGUCCACCCUGCCAUGUCUGGAGACCCUGGCCCUGA